AUGUCGAAGGAGGUGUUGGAAGUAGUGAAAUUGUUUUUCUUAACGAACGAAAAGCUUCAACCUGUUCUUGAAGGAUUACACGAGACGAUCUUCAAGACUAAAAGUAUAGAAGAGUUAUUUAUAGUAGCAUACCCUGUCUUGUCACGGUACUUUGUUAACCCAGACGUUCCAUUUGAAGAGCGAUUUGGGUUAUUAGACAGUAUAGUUCGCUUAAUUACACCAAAUAAUAUCACACACUUAGUCUCAUUAGUACAAGCGAAUCAUGCCCUUUCUAAUCCAGAGAGUCCAGUUGAGCCAAGUGUCUAUUUAGGUAUUAAACAGAUCAUUGAACAUAUUAAUGCUAUUAAAGGACUAAUAGAGUCCGACUGUGAAAAAAAAGAGAUGAUGCCUCAAAGUGUCAUAUCACAGAUCUUCACUGUAAUGUUGGACUACACUGCUAAACUCAAUGAAGAGUGUGUUGUGCCGAUCAGUGACUUAUUGGAACCAAUCAAUAAACCCGCAGAGGUCAUCGACAAGACAAUUCGACUCAACCAAUUGAAGAGCAAAUUUUUGAUGUUACUGUCACACGCCUCCACAGAACAACUCAAACGUGUUGUCGACCACCUUGACAAGAAAAAUUGUGAAGACGGGUUUGAUUUCUCCGUCGACGUGGAUCAAUUUGAUUUGGACAAGCUUGUGUACUUUUGUGGGUUACUCCAAUGA